AUGUCCACCUCGAUCGCCGUCCCAAGGACGGCCCCCAUAGCUAUCGCGCCAAAACCCCCCGCGGCACGCUUCCCACCGAGUCGACAGGGCAGUGUGCACCACCACGGCCACAACUUUGACUCUUACGGGAGCGGGUUCAACUCGCCUGAUUCGGGGUCGGUGCUGAGCUUGAACACGCCGCCGUGCGAGGCUUGCCGGAACAGGAGGAGUGAGUGCGUUAUGGGUGAGGAUACCGAGGAGCACUGCGUGGCUUGUCAGUAUAGUGGGACCGAGUGCUCGUUGGUGGAGAGCAGUGGGAGUAGCAGCCCUUUGGGGGCGAGGAAGAGGAAGUUGAAUGGAGGGGAUGGGGCGGAGGAGGGGAGGAGUAAGAGGAGGUGA